AUGGUUGGAACAAUGACCCAGAAGUUAAAGUUGCAUAGUCCUGUGGGAUCGGAUCCUUUAAUUCUGAAAUGGCCGGUACCGACCUCGGAGGGCAAGGAUGGUCCAGAAGAGAUAUUGGACACCAUUAGGCUGGUGUGUGAUGAUUAUCCAGAACUGAAAACUCCACUAGAAACUCGGAUAUUGAAGGAUGGGGAAGAUGUGUCAAACUACGACUUUGAGCAGACAAAGGCUAUGUGUGAACGUUACAACAAGGCCAUCGACAGUAUACGACAGCUGGUUAAAGGGCAGCCUCGACAGAAGGCUGUCAGCAAGCAGGCCUCCAUGAAGCAACUGAAGCACAUAUUACAGCAGUGCUACAACCAUUCUGUGAAAGAUCCUGAGAAGUUGAAUCACUAUGAACCUUUUUCUCCAGAGGUGUAUGGGGAGACUAGCUUUGAACUGGUGGAGCAGAUGAUCAAGUAUGUGAAGUUCUCGGAGAGUGAUUAUUUCAUUGAUCUAGGAAGUGGUGUAGGACAGGUGGUCCUACAGGUGUCAGCUGCUACCAACUGUAAAUUCUGCUAUGGGGUUGAAAAAGCGGAAUGGCCAGCAGAAUAUGCGCAGGUAUUGGAAAAGGAGUUCAAAAAGUGGAUGAAAUGGUUUGGAAAAGAACAUAGUGAUUUUCAGAUUGAGAAAGGGGAUUUUCUUCAUGACGACGUCAAGGAGAAACUUAGCAAAGCCACGAUUGUGUUUGUGAACAACUUUGCUUUUGGACCUGUCGUGGAUCAUGAGUUAAAACAGCGGUUCGCCAACUGUCUGAAGGAGGGAGCCCGAAUUGUUUCAUCCAAGGCCUUCUGUCCACUGAACUUUAGAAUCACUGCCAGAAACCUCAGUGACAUAGGAACUAUAAUGCAAGUCGAGGAGCUGUCACCUUUGUGUGGCGCUGUGUCAUGGACCGGGAAACCUUUUGCAUAUUAUGUCCACACCAUUGACAGAACCUUGCUGGAAAAAUAUUUUCAGAGGUUGAGGUUUCCAUCACAGAAGAAUGAAGAUGAGCCAAGAAAAGACAGAAAAGGGCGUCCAUUGCUGUCCAUUAAAGACAAAAUUAACGGGGCUCUGUCUGGAGGCUCUGAUUCAAACUCCUCCGGACGCUGGCGUCGUGCAAAGGGCGUCCAGCGGGAAACAGAAACGGCUUCACCGCUGUCUGCAGCAAAAGUCCUGGACUUUGACAGUGGGUCAAACUCUAGUUUCACAAACUCUGCUAGUGUGCCUGCCACAGAUGAGACAAGUAUAGUAUAUGGUCCAACCACUCGCCGCCAGUGGAACGAGUAUGUCAAGCGCCCGCAGUCCCAGUCGGGCACAGAGAAUGAUAAUGAUAGCUCCGCUGCUGAUGCAAAUUCUGUGGAUCUGAAAGUGCAGGACCAAGUCAGUGAGGUGACCCAGAAAAAGAAAAAAAUGAAGAGUGUCAAACGAUUGAACAAUGGAGCUUUAGGCAUGCGGAAAAUGCAAGGCAAGAAGCAUACGGAACCUGUGGCGUCAAAGGCAGCGGUCAAACUCCGUCCCAGGAAGAAACAAACAGUCCGUUCAUCAUCAUCAUUAGCAAAGAGGGCAGCAUCAGUUGCUGCCGCCGCUGCUGCAGCUGCAUCGACAGCUUCCAGUGUCAGUACCACCACCAGCACUGUCUCCGGCAACUUGUCAGCUCAUGUCAACGGCACAGUAACCCCAUCCCUGGACAGUCUCAACCUGCUUCACGCCCACACCAUCAUGUCUACAUCUGGCAAAGAUCCUGCUGAGAAAGUCAACUACAAUGACAGAAGAAUGACAGAGACAUCCAGUGCUUAUUUCAAACCCACAGUACAGAAACAGACAGUGUCCAUGCUGGAGAAAGAAGCCGGCUUCCUUCAGAUGAUGG